AUGGCCGACUCCAGUGAUGCUCCUCCUCCUGAUCCCAAGGAGGAUCUAGACAAGGAAGAUCUAGACAAGGAAGAUGAGGUAAAGCAAGAUCAGGAUGAAUCGAAGCAAGACAAGAAAGGAGGAGAAGAAGAAGAAGUGAGCUGCUGUCCUCCUGGAUCUCAUGGAGAAGCAACGGUCCGUUCGGAUCGUCCGUUGCAAGGCAGCAUGACGGAGAUUCCUCCUCCUUCCAGAGAACUCGUGGGCAUGUUGCCGUUGCCUUGCUACUGUACGGGUGCUCCACUGGACAAGUCCACGAAACGAGUAGUAGUGGUCUUUACGGACGUCUACGGGAUUGAUGCGGGACAUCACAAAGUGUUUGCCGAUUGUCUCGCUGAACGACUCGACUGUAGUGUCAUUGUACCGGACUUGUUCCGUGGAGUCCCCAUUCUGCAACCGUGGAUCGACAACCACAACAUCGCCGCCGAUUUGAUGGGAUCUCUCAUGGGAGCUCCAGGAAUGAUUUUCCGCGUUCGACAGUAUCCACCCGCAAAGGUAGAACAAGAGAUCUUUCAAAUGAUUCUGCCCUUUAUUCACGCUCAAACCACACAUACACACGCCACAGACAUUUCCAUCAGUUGUGUGGGAUUCUGUUUUGGCGGAUGGGUCGUUGGACGGGUCUUGGGACAUCAGCCACAAGCGGGAGAUUCCAAACUCUCCUUUCAAUGUGGAGUUGGCAUUCAUCCGUCCUUUCAACCAAAUCUAUUGCAUGCCGAACAAAUGACAACCAUGGCAGAACGCAUUCACAAACCCAUUCUGUUUCUACCCGCUUGGAAUGAUGGAGAUCUCAAACCAAACACAAAAAUCGUAAACAUUAUUCAACAAAACUUGACAAAAAAAAGACAAAUCCAGCCACAAGAAGCAGUCUCCGUUGAGUUUCCAAACAUGAUUCAUGGAUGGGUCUCACGGGGUGAUCCCACCAAUCCAGCCAUUGCCGCUGAACAGGAAAAGGCACUCAAACUCACCGUCGAUUUCAUUCAAAAGCAUUCAACAACAACAAGCAACUAA